GCCAAUAUUCACUAUCCACCCUCCUCGCCACAAUCCAAAGCAUCAAUCAACCACCCACUAAUCCAGCAGCCAACAUGCAGACCUCCACGCUCGCCACGCUCCUCCUCUUCGUCGCCGGCUCGCUGGCCGCACCCCAGGGAACCGCCGCGACCUGCACCGUCACGCGCCCGCUGAUCCUCAGCCUUGCGGACAGUUUCACGCUGCAGGUCCAAGCCCCCACCGCAUCCUACCACAACGCCUCCGUCCAAUUCACCUCGGUGGGCACACCAGGCGAUUACAGCGCCUGGCUCUCUCCGGCGGGAUCCCCAUCGGCCGUAAAGUUGACGGACUCGCGCCUCUCGCUCGACCACGGCAGCGCAAGCCUGACGUUCACGGGAUACCUCAAGGUGCCGAUUAAGACGCCGUACCGGCAGCUGGGGUUCGGCGUGAGCCCCACCACGGAGCUCGAGGUCGUCGGUUGGUAUGGCUGUGAUGAGAAUGGGGUGCAGCAGGUUGUACUAGGACCGGCUGGGGGUGUUUGGUGUGUGGCCAGCGAUCUCAUCUCGGGGAACUUGGGGCUGUUUGUGAAGGAGGAGGGUGUGGAUGGUUUGUUGUCCCCUACUGCGAGAUGGGGAUGGAAAUGGAGAGGGCAACGGCUGACACGGAGUAGCUGCGCAGUGCGAACAGGUCGUCGUGGCGGUGAAGUACUGAGCGAUGGAUGGACUCGUGCAUUGAGCGACGGGCGAUGGACGGACUCGAGUAGCGAGCUGCGAUGGGUUUAUUCGUGCAGAGAUCGAUUACAUUACUAUACCAGAGAGCCAUGGCUUUAUACAUUCACACACUCCUCAAUCCAUGCACGUUCCGAUGUGACCCCCACCCUACCCCGCCUGAAAAGUGAAAAGAGGGUAUCAUAGUACCUAGUACGAUCCACGUGCCUGGUU